AUGGCAAUGACAUCGCGUUUGUAUACCGCUGCUUACAGUUCAAGUGAUGAUGAAUCAAGUGACGAAAUUUCGGGCAAGGCCCCUAUGAAGCGCUUUAUGCGCCCUGUCCAAAGUGACAGUGAGGAUGAAAAGCGCGUCGUACGUAGCGCUAAAGACAAACGCCAUGAGGAAAUACAAAGCGUUCUGAGGAAUCUUAACAACCAUAAGAAAAUCAAGGAUAUAUCCAAGGUUGAGACAGACUUCGACGAGUUGGUAAAACUCUACGAAAAGGCUCAUAAAAUGAACGAAGUUGAUAUCUAUCCAAAGUUUUACAUUCGAGUUCUUGCUCAAAUGGAGGAUUUUGUUAAUGAAUCGUGGAGUCAAAAAAAGACACUCAGCAAAGUGGCAGCUAAGUCGCUCACUAUCCUUAAACAAAAAAUCCGCAAAUAUAAUAAGGAUUUCGAGGAACAAAUUAAGAAAUAUCGCGAAAAUCCUGAGUUGUUUGAGGAAGAGGCCGAAGAGGAAAUUGAAGAAGGAGAGGAAUUGCAGGGGACGGAGGAAGCCAUUACUAAGCCUGGGGUAACACUAGCUCCCAAAGCCUCUGAUGAGUCCUUGGAUGAUGAGGAUGACUACUUUCGAAGCUCUGAUGAAUCCGAAUCGACUGAUAGCGGUCCUGAAAUGGAUAUGGAGCAUCCUUACACAUACUUCUUGAAAGUUGAAGGAAAGCCUAAAAAGGAGGAGACGAAGAAGAAGGCUCCCAAACCGAAACCUGUGAAACAGGUAGCGAAGCUUAGCAGCGAGGAGAGUGGUGAUGAAUGGCGUGUUGUUGCUCCGGGAGACGGUUCUGCGCUCGAGCCCACGGUGCAGGCCUUUGAGAAAGGUGUUGAAAUUACUCAGGAGUUGGUGAUCAAAAAAGUUACCGAAAUCAUUGCUAACCGUGGCAAGCGUACCUCUAGUAUUGCUGAACAAAUCUGUCUUCUUGAUCAAGUUUGCCAGAAAGCAGAGGAAUUACGUUUUGGUGUUGGUGUUAACGUAAAAGCUAUCUUGUCCUUAAUUACCGUAUUCUUCGACUACGAGUCAAGGCAUCCUGCGUUUAUGCCAGUUGCGAAGUUUCAGAGGACCAUCGAACAGCUCAAAAAACUUUUCGAAAUUCUAAAAAACAACCCGAAAGAUCUCGAGAUUUCAGAAUCUAUAACGGAGGAGACUGAAUCUGUUUUGGAACGUCCCUAUCGAAUUCGUGGCUCAAUUUUGGGUUGUGUUGGUCGACUGGAUGAUGAGUAUUUCAAGAUUCUACAAAAUGCCAAUGGUCACGAAAUGGAGUAUGACGAAAGACUGCGAGAUGAGCCAAGAGUCUGCGAAUUGAUCGACUCGCUCAUCGAGUACCUUGAACGGAUUAAGGCCCCCCCUGAGGCCUUGUGUGUGGCUUACCUGCGCAAAGUCGAACAUUUGUAUUACAAAUUUGAUUUUGAGUGGGGAAAGAAGGUGGAGUCUGAGGGGCUCGAGGCUGCAGGAUUGAAUCCUUACUACGAGGUGGUAGAAAGGCUCUGUCACUACAUCUACAAGAAUGAUAAAACCGAUCGUCUUCGUACACGUGCCAUUCUCUGCCACAUCUACUUUCUCGCUCUCUUUGAUCACUGGUACAAGGCGCGUGAUCUGAUGCUUAUGUCUAACCUCCAGGCCACCAUCGAUCAUGCCGACCAUUCCACUAUGAUUCUCUACAAUCGUGCCAUGGUGCAAAUGGGUUUGUGUGCAUUCCGUCAAGGCCACAUCAAGGAUGCGCACUCCGCUCUCUCCGAUUUGACCGGUUCCAACAAAAUCCGCGAGCUGCUGGCCCAGGGUCAGCGCUACGAGCGCACUCCGGAAGAAGAAAAACGUGAAAAGGCUCUCCAGAUGCCUUACCAUAUGCAUAUUAACACGGAACUCAUUGAGACUGUCUUCCUUAUUUGUGCUAUGCUGCAAGAGGUCCCUAUUCUUGCUGCUUCACAAGAUGAUAUCCGGGCGCGUGUCUUCAGCAAGGCCUUUUUAACUGUCCUAAGGAUUCAUGACAGGGCCACAUUAAUUGGUCCGCCCGAGUCCCCGAGAGAUCAUGUAAUCGCUGCCUCCAAAGCCAUGCGGUUUGGCAAUUGGCGCAGCGCUGCAAAGUACAUAUUCAGCCCUAAAAUGGACGCCAAGAUUUGGGUCCUGUUCUAUGACCAAAAUAGUGUGAAGAGGAUGCUGGAGGAGAAGAUUAAGCAGGAGUGCUUGAGAUGCUACCUUUUCGCCUACUCCUCGGUCCACGAGUCGGUUAGCCUCUCAAGGCUGGCUGAACACUUCGAAUUCCCCAGAUCCCAAAUCUACUCUAUAAUUAGCAAAAUGAUAAUCAAUCAGGAACUUGCCGCCUCCCUAGAAGUUCCUGCGGAUUUCCUCACGAUGCAUAAGGGUGAGCGAUCUCGAUUGCAAAACUUGGCUAUUCAACUGGCAGAUAAGGUGAACAGCAUCGUGGAAAUGAACGAGAAGCUGAUUGAUAAUCGCGGUGGCAUGAUUUCUGGACCUAAAGUUUCUAUUCAAUGCUAUCUAACAUUUUGGCGUCGUACUGGUCUAUCCUUGUAUCCGAUCUGCACUCUUCGUGCCGGUACCCUUGAAUUCCGCGCACUUGUGGUAACUUCCUCGACGGCCUGUCGGUACGCUCGCGUUGAAGCAGGUUUGCUGGGCGUUGAAUCGGCCGUCGACUCUCGGGUCGCGUUUAACUGGGCGGGCUGGCUCUCGUUGUUGUUAGUCCGUGCUGGGGUCGGGACGACGACUGUUCGGGUCGGUCCGCGGGCUGGACGGGUGUGGGGGUCGGUGUUGGCUUGUGGAAAGGGCCUUGGGAAGGGAGGAGCAAAGCGGCAUAGGAAGGUUCUUCGCGAUAAUAUCCAAGGAAUAACUAAGCCUGCCAUCCGUCGUCUUGCACGUCGUGGUGGCGUGAAGCGUAUCUCCGGUCUCAUCUACGAGGAGACCCGCGGUGUACUGAAAGUCUUCUUGGAAAGCGUUAUACGUGACGCUGUCACUUAUACCGAGCACGCUAAACGCAAGACCGUCACAGCCAUGGACGUAGUUUACGCACUAAAGCGUCAAGGGCGUACGCUAUAUGGCUUCGGUGGUUAG